AUACAUGGACUGCAGGGUUACGCGACAGUUUAGUACGCGAUCAGGAGUGCUGAGUGUCGUCCGGACGUGCUUGCGGCCAUUCUUUGUGAAGCUUCGCGAGCGUUCGAGCGUUGCGUUUCGAGUGUUCACGUGCACGCGGGCAGGAACGAUCGCGAAAUAGCAGAGAGAUAAACAGGAAGGAUGGGGAAGGAUUACUAUAAGAUACUUAGUAUAGUCAAGGGAGCGAACGACGAGGAGAUAAAGAAGGCAUACAGGAAGCUGGCCUUACGGUAUCAUCCCGAUAAGAACAGGAGCCCCGGUGCCGAGGAGAAGUUCAAGGAGAUAGCAGAGGCGUAUGAGGUACUGUCGGACGCGAAGAAGAGAGAAGUCUACGACAAGUUCGGCGAGGAGGGUCUCAAGGGCGGUGCAUCGACUGGUGGAGGCGGCGGGGGCACCACGUACACCUUCCACGGCGACCCCAGGGCAACCUUCGCGCAGUUCUUCGGCUCGGCCAGUCCGUUCCACAACUUGUUCGAGUUUGCCGGCAACCGUGGCGGGUUCGCCUUUCACGACGACGACAUGGACAUCGAUAUGGAUCCCUUCGGACUCGGCAUGGGACCGCCGCGGCAAGGCGGCGCCUUCCGGUCGCACUCGUUCAACUUUGCGAGCCCGACCACCGGUAAAGCGGGCGGCAAGGACCGCGCCCAGGACCCGGCCAUCGAGCACGACCUGUACAUCAGUCUGGAGGAGAUCCUGCGUGGUUGCACGAAGAAGAUGAAGAUAUGCAGACGGGCGAUGCAGCCGGACGGUACGACCAAGAAGGAGGACAAGCUUCUGACCAUCAACGUGAAACCAGGCUGGAAAGCUGGGACGAAAAUCACCUUCCAGAAGGAGGGCGAUCAGUCGCCGAGGAGGGAACCCGCGGACAUCGUUUUCAUCAUUAGAGACAAGCCACAUCCGUUAUUCAGGAGAGAAGGCAGUGACGUUAGAUACACGUGCAAAUUGAGUCUGAAGCAGGCGUUGUGCGGCACUGUCGUCGAAGUUCCUACGCUGACGGGCGAGAAGAUACCUUUGAACCUGACGAGGGAGAUUGUCAAGCCAAACAUGGUCAAGAGGUUCCAGGGGCACGGUCUGCCGUUCCCGAAGGAGCCGUCGCGGAAGGGCGACCUUCUCGUCUCGUUCGACAUCAAAUUCCCGGAGACCCUGACGCAAAGUGCAAAGGACAUAUUGUACGAUACGCUACCCAACUGAGCACGCAACGUAAAGAUGAGAAACGCAAAAAAAACGUACAACGUAAAGAAGAAUAUCGACGCUAUGGGAGUUGCUCGUUUCGAUCGAUUAAUAGAUACGUCUCGUGUACGUUCUAGUACACGGAGACGCAAUGACGCGACAGAACAGUCAAGGGGCGGUGUAACAUCGUCGCGACUCGAUGCUCGUAGAGGCCAAAUCAGAUACGAGAGAUCAGCAAGUUUUCUCCCCGGCGCUACGUUCAGCGUUCGAUCUUUUGAAUUCGGGAUUUCGUUUCAGUGACUGUAUGUCCCUUUGCAUGAUUGGCCUGUACGCGCUUACGUAGCUCGAUCGAUCGAUACUAAAGACGAACAUGUAAUUAAAUUAUACAAUUAUUAUAUAUGUAUAGAGAGAGAGAGAGAGAGAGAGAAUUUAUUGUAUCGCUAAUUCAUGUGGUCGCGCGUAUAUCGUAAUACGUACGUGUUCCAUGUGUACUGUAUGUAUGUGUGCGUGCGUGUGUGUGUAUGUGUACACUGUGUAUACGUUCUGUGUGCGUGAAUAUGGAAGUAUGUACGCGUUCGGAGAUGUGUGCGUGGUAUGUACGAAGCCUGUAAGACUAUGUAAAGUGCAAUAUCGGAAACUUUACGCGUUUUUAUUUUAUUGAAAUUUAUAUUCGGCAGCACUUUGUACAUUGCGAGCGACAACGACGUACGCACACACGCGCGAAGCGAAAUUGACAACGUGCGAAAAGCAGGAGAAUAAAAAGAACGAAAGAAAAGUUUCGGGUACUGCGACGAGCUUGAAAAAUCGGUUUCUCGUACGUGCACUCCGUCUAAUGUGUAGAGGACUUUUUGUUUAUAUUAAAUAUUAAGGCGAGUUGGUAAAUAUAGUUUCGAUCGUUUCUAACGUCAAGCCAAUGUCCCGUUACGUAACGUGCUCCUAAGUUUAAUGGUUGAUUAAUUAUUUGUACGCUAAAUAAUAAGAGAAUUAUUAAGU